AUGGCUACCGAUCAAGAAGCGGGCGUUGCGCUCAAGGUCCAGGGAAACAAGGCUUUUGGUGAACACGACUGGCCUGCUGCCGUCGCCUUCUAUGACCAGGCUAUCGAAAAAUACGACCAGGACCCUUCCUUCUUCUCCAACCGCGCACAGGCUCAGAUCAAGCUCGAGGCUUUCGGAUUCGCUAUCGCAGAUGCCACCAAGGCGAUCGAAUUAGACGCCAACUACGUCAAGGCAUACUGGAGACGUGCUCUGGCCAAUGUCGCCAUCCUGAGUUACAAGGAAGCCCUGAAGGAUUUCAAGGCUGUGCUCAAGCGCGAGCCAGGCAACGCUAAUGCAAAGCUGAGAGCCGCCGAGUGCGAGAAGCUCGUGCGUCGCAUAGAAUUUGAGCGUGCCAUUGAGGUCUCGGAUCCUCCUUCUGCGUUCGCGGAUCUGGAUAUCGAUGCGAUCAAGGUUGACGAUGAUUAUGAUGGUGUGCGCUUGGGAAAUGAGAUGACGCAGGAAUUCGUCGAUGAUAUGAUCCAGCGCUUUAAGGAUGGAAAGAAGAUCCAUCGCAAGUAUGUCUUCCAGAUCAUCAAGGCCGUUAAGGACCUUGUUUACAACGAGCCUACGAUGGUGGAAAUUGGUGUCGAGUCCGGCAAGAAGUUGACGGUUUGUGGUGAUACCCACGGCCAAUACUUCGACUUGCUCGAGAUCUUCCGACGAAACGGUGCUCCCUCUGAUACCCAUGCUUAUCUGUUCAACGGUGAUUUCGUCGACCGUGGCUCCUGGUCCUGCGAAAUUGCUCUGUUGCUCUAUGCCUACAAGUGGCUGCGACCCAACGGUCUGUUCCUGAACCGUGGAAACCACGAAACGGAUGAUAUGAAUAAGGUCUACGGAUUCGAAGGUGAAUGCAAGGCCAAGUAUAAUGAGCGUGUCUUUAAGGUGUUCUCCGAGUCCUUCUCCGCUCUGCCCCUGGCCACCUUGAUCGGCGAUAAAUACCUCGUUCUUCACGGCGGCUUGUUCUCCGAUGACAAGAUUAAGCUCGAUGACAUUCGCAAGCUCAACCGUCACAACCAAAGGCAGCCUGGUCAAGCCGGUCUGAUGAUGGAGAUGCUCUGGACAGACCCCCAGGUUGGCCCUGGUCGUGGUCCUAGCAAGCGUGGUGUUGGUCUUCAGUUCGGCCCGGAUGUGACCAAGCGUUUCUGUGAAAACAACGGACUGGAAGCUAUCAUUCGAUCCCAUGAAGUGCGCAUGGGUGGUUAUGAGGUUGAACACGAUGGUCGCUGUAUCACCGUCUUCUCCGCCCCUAGAUACUGUGAUUCCACAGAAAACAAGGGUGCAUACAUUAACAUUGGCCCCGAACUCAAGCUCAAUUAUGAAGUGUUCGAGGCCGUGCCGCACCCUGAUAUCAAGCCAAUGGCAUACGCUCAAAACUCGCCUCUUUCAGGAAUGUGA